AUGACUACAUCAAUCGUUAUGGAGGGUUUCCUACAUCAUAUGGCACCUCAGUUUCUCCACCCAGCCCUGCAAAGCUUCGGGUGCGGUGCGUUUCGUCCAAUAGGGGGCGCCUUUCACCCUCUUUAUCCUGGAAAAGCAUUCGCCAGGCAUCUUGGAGAGCAAUAUGCUCUUGGACAAAGUGUUGGACAAGCUCUCCGGAGUGUUCGGGAUGAUACCAACACCCCACCGCUGUACCGGCACACAUACACGGUGCGUGAUGACACCAGCUCUCCUGGUUCUGCUGCUUCAGCGUCCCCAAGACCUUGCAAGGAUGACGAGGCACCCGCCACAGCUCCAUGCUCGGAUUCUCAUGACUUAUUUUCGCCGGAUGGCGAACGUAAAUCGGCUUGCGGCGUGUGUGGCGCAAGACUUGGUCCAGGUGUAGCGCAAGCGCACUUCCUUCAAGAACUACAGCAUCUUUAUAGCUUGACAGCACUGCCGAGGGACGUUUCUGCACCUCCCACCCACUUGAUGCACCAUCAAGACGAAGACGCCCGUUGGGAGACGUACCAACGGAUCCGCGCGAACCGGCAACGGCGCCUAAAGCUGCGCACGCGCAAACGUCAUCACACGGUAGAAAGCAUGCUCGGGUACGACUUGGAAGACGAAAGGCGCGAAGAGAGACCGCGUGAAACUCGCUCUUACGACGCUGAAGACGAGCCUGUUGAUGUGGAAGGGGAUUCUCUUGGAUGGCCUGACGCAGCUAUUAACAUAGACGAUAAGGACCAGCGUGGUGAAAAUGAGAAAAUACAUCUCAAUUAUUCUGAAGAUCUUGAAAUAUCAAGCACCAAUGACGCUAUGCAGUCGCCAGAACGCGUAAGUUCCGUACCCCGAAUGGAGACACCAAAGCCGCUGUCUCUGGAGUGCACAAAGACCGAAGCAGCAGAACGACCAUCCGAGGUCACCACUUCGGAAUGGGCGAGUGGAGCUCCGCCAGACAACUGGCCAGCUCUGACUGAAGCUUAUGCACAUGCCCGUCACAAAAUCGAUGGUGAAAUGCCGUCUUCAACUGAUACGCGCAACUAA